GCUUUUGUCCACAACAUUGGACAAAUCUUGGCUGCUACUGUUGUCAUUAUUACUGUGAUUUUCGUCACUGCCAUUAUUGCUAUUAUUUCCUUGUGACUUUUCUUGAGACUUGUCAUUAGGCUGUAACAGUUUUUUUACAUUGUUAUUAGAUAUUUUUCACUUACUUAUUUUGUUUUUUUACAAGAGGUUUCUAGAAAAUUAUAAUCACAUUUGGAUAUUUAAAAAAAUUCUUGUUUAACAAACAAUUUUUUAUUACAUUUCAUACGAUAUUAGAGUAAUUACAAAGAAUUAUAUUGUUAGAUAAGAUGAAAAUAAUAUACAAUACUUUUAAAUGUAAUUAAUAUGAAUUUGAAGUGAAAUUACUACUUUAAAUAUUAUCUAACUUCAAAUUUUCUUAAUAUUGUUAAGCGUUAUAAAUCUAUUCCAAUUCAUUAUAUAUAAAAAUCAUUAAUUGAUACUUACCUUAAGAGCAUUUUGUACUUGGUUUAAUUGAUCAAACGGAAAAGCCUGUAUUAAAAGAUCAAGAAAAAUGUAACGGUCAGUUAACAGAUAGAAGAGAGAAAAUGUUCUAUAUAGAAGUCAUGCAAAAUAAGUAAAUGAAGAACAUACGUAAGUAUAAUUAGAAAUCAUAAAUUCGCAUAAUUAUUAAAAUGAUUAGACACAAUGAUUUAUUUUCAGUAUAGAAUGUUAUAGAACGAAGUAUCAUACGUACGAGACCAGCAACAAUGCCGAGAAUGGCGAAAAUUGCAGACCAUAGAUGUAGAUAUUGGCUAGUAAUAUUUGUCCAGCUCAGUGGUAACAUUGUUAUUUCAAAUCUUAAAUGGCUACACUAGUAAACACUGUACGUUAAAACCGUUGUACCUUGAUCAGGAAAGUAAUAAUGUAAUUAUGACAUAAAAGUAAUACAAUAACGAUGGAAGAAUUUAAUAUUGAUAUCGUGCAUGUCCUUCAGAAUAGAGAUUUUAGUGUGUUGCAGAAGUUAGUAUCACAUUGUUAUGAUUUUCGAGCAAAAAUUGCCGCUAAAAUUGAAGAUACAACUGCAUAUGAAUCUGAAUGUAUAGAGAAAAUAGCACAAAGCGGUAACAAAAUAUUAGAGUUAGAGCAAGAAGUUGAAGGUUUAAAAUCUGAUAUAGAUGCAACAAAAUUACAACAAAAAAUUAUAGAUAAAAAGAUUACUAAUGCAAUUAAACAGCAAGAAAAAUUAGAAGAAGAAGUUAAUAAUGCGAAAGUAAAAAGAGACAGCUUGUCUGUUGAAAUUGUUGAUUUACGUGAAGAAUCAGAACAAAGAAAAGAACAGAAAUUAUUAACUUGGAAAAGUAUUAAACUUGCUUGUCACACUUAUAAACAGCAUUUGGGCUUUCAUAUAGAAUUAAUCAAUAAUAAAGAACAAGAACAAAUUAAAGUUUCCUUUUUUAUAAAGAACACUAAUGCAAAAGAUAAAUACUUUGUACAGUUACUUAAUUGUAAUAAUCAGUGGAGAGUGGAACAGAUUCAACCUACUCUUAAAGCAGAACAUUUGAGUGACUUUGAAGGAAUUAUUGACUUUUCUAAACAAUCAGAAGUUUCGGAUGUAACUGCACUUCUUUGUAUGGAUAAAUUUAUAACAUUGAUGCUAUUUAUUAUAAGAUUAAAGCCUUUAUUAAUAAAAAUUAAUAACUGAAUUGCCUUAU